ACCAUAAACCACGCCCACCCCCCUACAUUGACACGCCCCCAACACUGAGAAAUGGAAAAGGUUGUCAUGCAGAACUGCACUGUGAUCCGUGAUCCACGCACGCGCGCUCCAAAUUCACCUCAAUCUCACUGCGAUCUCUCCAGAACCAUCAUGUCAAAGAGACCUGCAGGUCACAUGGAGCACAACGAUCUGACUGAUGCUUCAAUCAUCAGGAUUCCUCCACACCACUACAUCCAUGUCUUGGAUCAGAACACCAACAUUGCUCGGGUUGAGGUUGGACCCCUCACCUACAUCCGCCAGGAUAAUGAGAGGGUUCUCUUCUCCCCGACUCGUAUGACCAUGGUGCCUCCUCGCCAUUACUGCGUGAUUCUGAACCCGGUGGCUCGUGAUGAUGAGGGAAAUGUUCAGUUUGACACCGCAGGCCAGGCUAAACUCCGUCAUGCAGACCUGGAGAUCCGUCUGACCCAGGAUCCUUUCCCGCUCUACCCCGGAGAAGAGAUCCAGAAGGAUGUGACUCCACUGCAGAUCGUGUAUCCUGACACAGCCCUGAGGCUGCAGGCUCUUCUUGACUUUGAGGAGGAGAAUGGAGAGAAGAGAGUGGCUGGAGACGAGUGGCUGUUUGAAGGGCCAGGAACAUACAUCCCCAGGAAGGAGGUGGCUGUCCUGGAGACCAUCAAAGCUACAGUGAUUCGAGAGAACCAGGCCAUUCGCCUUCGAGCUCGUAAAGAGGGCGUGGACCGCAGCGGAGUUCGCAGAGUGACUGGUGAGGAGUGGCAGGUCAGUAAAGUCGGAGCAUACCUGCCUGGAGCGCAUGAGGAGGUCAUUGAUAUUGUGAAUGCGUUCAUCCUCACUGAUAAGCGUGCGCUGCACGUGCGUGCUCUGCGUCCAUUCCGGGAUGCAGGAGGGCGAGACAGAAGGACAGGGGAGGAGUGGCUGGUGACGGUGGCGGACAGAGAAGCGCACAUCCCCUCUGUGGCUGAGGAGGUAGUCGGGGUGGUAGACGUGACCACUCUGAGCAGCAGGGAGUACUGUGUGAUCCUGGACCCAGUCGGGCCAGAUGGAAAGCCUCAGCUCGGACAGAAGAGAGUGGUGAAGGGUGAGCGCUCAUUCUUCCUGCGGCCUGGCGAGCAUUUGGAGAACGGCAUACAGGAUGUCUACGUGCUGUCUGAAGAGGAGGGACUGGUGCUGCGCGCUGUGGAGGCCUUCACUGACACAGAGGCGCAAGAGGAAGACGGAGAGGAAGAGGAACAAGAGGAGCACUCCAAAAAGACUAGUGUGCAGAGACGCCCGGGAGACCGCUGGAUGCUGCGUGGGCCAAUCGAAUAUGUGCCGCCAGCCACUGUAGAGGUCCAGCUGCGACGCCAGGCCAUUCCACUGGACGAGAAUGAAGGAAUAUAUGUGCGCGACAUUAAGACCGGCAAGGUACGGGCUGUGAUUGGCCGCACCUACAUGCUGACGCAUGAUGAGGAGCUGUGGGAAAAGGAACUCCCUCCUAACGUGGAGAAGUUGCUGAGCAAUAUGCUUGACCCACUGGCCAGCCGCUCUGAUCGUAACCAUGACGCCCCUGCUGAGCCCAGGGAUAAAACCAAGGUGGUGUCCUACCGCGUUCCCCAUAAUGCUGCAGUGCAAGUGUAUGACUACAGGGAGAAGAAAGCCAGGGUGGUGUUUGGGCCUGAUUUGGUGAUGCUGGGUCCUGAUGAGCAGUUCACGGUUCUGUCUCUGUCUGGAGAGAAGCCCAAGAGAGCCAAUGUCAUUAAAGCCAUUUGCCUGCUCCUCGGCCCUGACUUCUGCACAGACAUCAUCACCAUAGAAACCGCUGACCAUGCCCGUCUGCAGCUCCAGCUCGCCUACAACUGGCACUUUGACAUAAAGAACCAGUCAGACCCCGCACAAGCGGCAGCUCUCUUCUCAGUGCCUGACUUUGUGGGCGACGCCUGUAAAGCCAUCGCCUCUAGGAUCAGAGGAGCUGUGGCUUCAGUGCAGUUUGAUGACUUUCACAAGAACUCAAACCGGAUCAUCUGCUCAGCCGUGUUUGGCUUUGACGAGAAGCUGGCGGUACGAUCGAGUCUGCGCUUCAGUCAGAAUGGGCUGGUGAUCAGCAGCGUGGACAUUCAGUCAGCGGAGCCGGUGGACCAGCGCACGCGUGACGCCCUGCAGAAGAGUGUCCAGCUCGCCAUUGAGAUCACCACCAACUCCCAGGAGGCUGCUGCUCGGCAUGAGGCAGAGCGUCUGGAGCAGGAGGCACGGGGCAAACUGGAGAGGCAGAAGAUCACAGACCAGGCAGACGCUGAGAGAGCCAGGAAGGAGCUGCUAGAGCUGGAGGCACUCAGUGCUGCAGUAGAGAGUACAGGAGCAGCGAAGGCAGAGGCUCAGUCCAGGGCAGAGGCAGCACGUAUCCAGGGUGAGGCCGCUGUGGAAGAGGCCAAACUUAAAGUUGAGGCCCAGAGAAUAGAAGCGGAAGCUGAACUGGUGCGUCUGGCAAAAGCACGUGAGCAGGAACUCCAGUAUAAGAGGGAUCUAGAUCGCCUGGAGGUGGAGAAGCAGCAGAAACUGGCUGAGAUUGAAAGCCAACGUUUCAAAGAGCUGGUAGAGGCUAUUGGCAGCGGUACUCUGACAGACAUGGCCAGAGCUGGACCAGAGCUACAGGUUAAAAUGCUGCAGGCUCUGGGUCUUAAAUCCACUCUGAUCACAGAUGGCUCUUCUCCCAUUAAUCUGUUCACUACCGCCAAUGGUCUGCUGGGGGCAAUGAAGACCCCUGAGGAAAAGUAGAAGAACCAUGAAACUGACAAGAAUCCCUGUACUCAAGUUAUCUUAAUUACAUCUAAGAAUUCACUGCAUAUAUAAGCCAUUCACUGUUUUUCUUAGUUUUGGUUUGUUAGAUAUUUUUCUUGGGUCUUUUUUCCUGCCAAAUAUCAUUAAUACUAUGAGAGAAAACAGUGUAGCAAGAUUAAUGCUUGGCAAUAGUACGUAAGAGGGUAUUCUAUGCAAAUAUAUUUGCUUUAAUAUGUGCCUGACUUAACAUGAGAUGAAGGAUUCAUUUCCUUAGGAUACCCACCAGGGCCUUAUAAAACAUGCAAUGAACCAAAAGAAUGUAUCUUUGUGUACCACAUUUGCAUUUAUAAGUACCAAAUAAACUUUAAACUUUAAAAUGUA